AUGAGCCAAUCAGAAGUAAAAUCAAAAACCAAUACAGUCCCUAUCAUCUUUACCAAGGGAGAUCUUGCAAAACUUCAUAAACCAGGUGGUAAUCCACAAAUUAAACCUGAGUUAAUGGAACAACAUUUGAAAGAAGUUGGUGAACCUAAUGGAUUUUUACAUGUUGGUCAUGUAAAAGCUAUCAAUGUAAAUUUUGGAUAUGCUAAAGCAUAUGAUGGGAUAUGUUAUCUGAGAUAUGAUGACACUAACCCUGAAGUUGAGGAAGAGAUUUAUUUUACUUCUAUUAGAGAGGCAAUAGAAUGGUUAGGGUUUUCACCAUACAAGAUCACAUAUUCUUCUGAUUAUUUUGACAACUUUUAUGAAUUGGCAAUAGAAUUAAUUAAGUGUGAUAAAGAAUAUGCAUGUUCAUCUGAAUUUCAAAAAAUGAAGGAGGGAAAGUACAAGGAAGAAGAGGUAACCAUUUGUAUGAAGAUGGACAUGCAAAGUGGAAAUCCACAAUUUUGGGAUUUGGUUGCAUAUUGUGUUUUGCACACACCACAUUAUAGAACUGGAACCAAAUGGUGUAUUUAUCCAACUUAUGAUUUCACACAUUGUCUUUGUGACUCUUUUGAAAAUAUUAUGCAUCCACUUUGUACAUUUGAAUUCCAGACAGCUCGUGAAUUGUAUUAUUGGUUAUGUGAUGCUCUUGAAGUAUAUAAACCCUCAAGACUAGUUAAUGAAAAAUAUGUAAAAGGUUGGGAUGAUCCAUGGCUAUAUACACUACCAGCUUUAAGAAGAUAUGGUGUCCCACCAGAAGCUAUUAAUCAAUUUUUGGAAGGAGAAAUACAAAAAAUUCAAAAGAAUUUAUCAGAUCAAAAAAAUUUAUAUUCUCACCUUAAAAAACAAUAUGAAGAUAAAUAUGAGGAAGCCGAAAAACUUAGUAAUAUUAUAAAGUUGAAGGAAGAAGAAUUGGCCAGAACGGAACGAAAUCUUACUUUCUUUGCUGCAGAAGAAAGAAAAUGGAAUGGUGAACGUGAACGUUUAGAAACUGCAAUAAGCAAACUUGAACAAGAUCUUACUGAAACGUUAGAUCUAAGUGAUAUUGGAUCAUCCAAGGAUUUACGUACUGAAAUGGUUGAUCAUGUACUUGCAUCUAUUGAAGUCGUUUCAGAUUCUAACACGGAGGAUAUAAGAAACGAUAAAAAAAACAAGCCACGACGCCGUAAAGAUGAUACCUCAGAUAUUAAUACAAUUGAUGAGCAUGCUCAAUCAAGAUCUAAUAAUGACUUAGAUAGGCAUCGCGUGACUGAUAUCGAACAAUCUGGUCGUAAACAAAGUAGUUCACGAUCAUCCCGCCGUUUUGUAGAUCAAAGUGUAGUUGCACGUAAUAAUCCACUUGUUGAAACUCAAUUUCAAACUUUGUCUUCAGAAUUAGGUGUUCAAUAUGCUUUAAUUGAAGGAAUAUUAAGAAAUCGUGCAUCAAAUGGUAAUACACAUGGAAAUCCACACGGAAAUUUGCAUGAUAAAAGAGACAGAGCAAUCAGAAAUAAUGCCGAAGGUGAUAAUAAUGAACUUGCAAGGCAUAGAGGUACAAGAAACUCUGUGCGAAGAAACAAAAGAAGAGUAAAUCCAAGUCAAGAAAUAGAGGCACAAGCUUUAGAAAAAAUUGAUUCCCAAUCAUCAAAAGCACUUGUUCCACGUAAUGCAAAUAAUUCGGUUCAUAAUAUUGCAAUAGUUCAUAAUACUGCAACUUUUGCUUUAUACACAGUAGUCAUUUACCUCUUUGGAAUCAUAACAUCGGUCUUUGUCAUUGAUAAUAAUCAAGGAGCAGCUCCAUAUAGUGAUUGGAUGCCUUAUGAUGACUUGAGAGAAGAUGGUUGGGCAUCACGUCUUGGGCAAAUGAUCCUCUAUUGGGCAGAAAUAUUAUUGAAUGAUGGAAACAUGAGAGUACCUACCUAA